UGCCCCCGUGCGCCGGGCGCCGGUUUUACGGUUUGGCUGGCUGUUUGGCCGUUUCAAAAAGUUGCGUCGCGUGUUAUUCUCCACAGGGACUCUGGAUAUUUUUUGUGUUAACGACGAAAAUUGCUCUUCACAAUUUCCAAUUUCUCCAUCGGGAAUAAGCAUUUCUUAUUAAUUUGUAUAGUAAAUAUCCCUUAAGCACGUGCGUAAACAAAUUUUUGGUCAGUUGAAAAAUAACAAGCACUCGUUUAAAAAAUGUCAUUCAGUUUCAAAGAUAUUGGCGAUUCACUGAACGAAGCAACCACGAAAAACGCAGAAAGUGGUGUUUCUUUCGCUGGAAAAUCUCUUAAAUUAGAUAAGGCGGAAGAUGCAAAAGCAAUUGUGGAAGCCAUUGAGCAAUGCCAGAAUCUAUCAUUUCUGGAUCUUGAGGGAAAUACACUGGGUAUUGAAGCGGCAGAAGCGAUUGCCAAAGCACUUGAGACUCAUGGGACAGAUCUUAAACGAGCCCUCUGGAAAGAUAUGUUUACUGGUCGUAUGAAAACUGAAAUCCCAAAAGCUCUUGAGUUUCUCGGCAAUGGAUUGUGCAGUGCUGGGACAAGACUGGUUGAACUCGAUCUUAGUGACAAUGCCUUUGGCCCAAUAGGAGUUCGGAGUCUUGCUGCGUUUCUUAGCUCACCGACAUGUUACACACUCCAAGAACUGCGACUAAACAACAAUGGACUUGGAAUAUCAGGAGGGAAAAUGCUUGCAGAGGCGUUGCUCAAUUGUCAUGCUAAAAGUUCCAAAGAAGCAAAACCCUUGGCGCUUAAGGUAUUCAUUGCGGGUAGGAACCGUCUGGAGAACGAAGGUGCAACAGCUCUUGCCUCAGUUUUCAUGAAGCUAGGAACAUUGGAAGAGGUCGUAAUGCCACAGAAUGGAAUUUAUCACGCUGGAAUAGCUGCCUUGGCGAACGGAUUGUCAGCAAAUUCGAGACUGAGAAUAUUGAAUUUAAAUGACAAUACAGUGGGUUUAAAAGGAGCGCGGGCUUUGGCGGUAGCGUUGUCAAAUUUCCAAAAUCUGGAGAGUCUCAAUCUUGGUGACUGUUUAAUAAAAACAAAAGGAGCUCUGGUUUUAGCCGAUGCCCUUGGGAUCGACGGGUCACAUACAGCGCUCACAGAAUUGAUUCUCUCGCACAACGAGAUUCGUACUCCAGCGGUUGAUUCGCUGGCUCGUGCAGUUUCGGAAAAGACGCAGCUCAUGAGUCUACAACUCGAUGGGAAUGCUUUCGGCAACGAAGGAAUUGAAACCCUCAAAGAAUUGCUCAUGGGCUCCGACAGAAUCGAAGCUCUUGGCACUUUGGAAGAAGAUGAGAGUGCUGACGAAGACGACAAAAGCGAUGACGAAGAUGCCGAGGAUGAGGAUGAAGAAAAUACUGAUUCCCAAUCCGAAAAUGAAGUCGGUAAUAAUACCAACAACGGACACGAGCCAGAUGACGAAGAGCCGGUUAUCGUCGAACGCGUACAGAAAAAAAUAGUAAAUGCUGCUGAAUUUCUCGAAGCACCCACUGGCGAAAAUUUACUUCUCAUUCAAGGUGACAAAAUCAAGGCUUUCCGUGAACACGUCAAGAGCAUUUCUGAGGACGAUAAUUCUCAACAAGCCGCUAAGUAUACCGAGGAAUUAUCACGCGUUGUUAUGAAAGUCUCAGCUCUUUGUGGCAGUGGUUACGGUGAUGUUAGAAUCGAAGCCGAAAAAUUGACUGAUCUUUUAUACGCCGAUUUGUUCGCGCACGCUACAAAAACCAAUCAAGCUUCCACUAUUGACAACACUUUGCUUGUUAAUCUUGGGCUUUUGAAGAGUGAGGACAAGAGAGCGAAUAAAAUAGACUGGAACUUGGAUGGGUGCUUCAAGGCUUUGGAACGAGUUACUCAACAAGAUUAUUUCCCCACGAAAACAAAGAAUACUUUGAAGGUCUUUAUCGACAAGCCAGUAAAGCCAGGAAAAACAACCAAAUUCGUAGAUCCACAUCUCGAGGCAAAAAACUCACUCAAAGCAGUUCUCGAUCGAAUGCAAAAUACGUAACAUGCCGAAAUUAUAUUCGUACCCCAUAUUUGUGUCCCCAAACAUCGGCUGAUUCCAUUCCAAAUAUAUGUACAUAAACAUAUAUAUUUAUUUAUGAUCCCAACGUCAAAUUUGAAAAAAUUCGGAUGAACAACAAGUUCCAUUUACAAUUUUCGCGAAAAGGAUAAAUUCUGUUGAAAUUUCAGAGCUACGGUGUCCAUUCUUUUGUGUGUGUAUGUGUAUGCGUAUGUUGCGAUAUUGAAAGAUUAUUUUUUUGCUAUGCAUUAUAUAAAAUACAUACUUUUACCAACGAAAA